GCAGUCGCAACUUUCAAAACCACCUAUUGAUGGCCGAGACGAAACAGGAAUUUUGAAAGCUUGUACCUGUGGGCUUCAAGGUGGAAUACAACUGGAGAAGCGAACAUGGCUAGGACACCGACCGCUUGACCAUCUACAUGAAAUGGAGAAUACCCUCCAAAUCUUAAUUUUUCACCCUCGUCGGUCACAGAGACCUCUCCUGUGGCUCCUCCGCUCCUAGCCUUUGCGGCAAAAGAGAUAGAUUUAUCGGCCAAAUUCAAGCUCCACAAAGGCCUAGUUCAGAAUCACCACCUGCACAUCCAACUAUAUGCGCAACGCCGCUUUUUCCUAGCGCGUCCCCUUCACGGCCAUGUUCUCAUGUAAUUUCCCCCCCCAACGAGACUUUCCUUACUCCGAUCGUCAUCCAACGCCUACGCGAGAUACCGUUGCUGUCGCAGUUGCCUCGGUGGGUUUUCGACAUCAUUUCAGGUCUAAUUACGAUCUCUAUUCCCCUGCUAUCGCGUAUACACUCAAAGCCAAGCAUGGCUUCUCUCAUCGUGCCACCAGGGAUAUGAUUCAAUCAGCGAAUGACCUACGUCUGCUAGCAGCCAUGGACCGCAAUAGGGAACAUGAGGUUGCAAGCUCAUCAUCAUCGGUCCCUCUCUCUCCGUUGCCACCCUUAGCAUUCGUCAACUCCCUGUUAGCACAUUUCGUGCCACGACAGAGUGGCCAGGGGCAAAUCCAUACAUCAUCACCCAUCUUCAUUGUGCAACUAGCGAUUGCCACUAUAUUUGGUACGAGAUCUCCCCCAUGGAAGAGGGCUAUCAUCUCCCAGAUGUGUGCCCAUCCUGCAAGGGGCCUUUGAAGGACCGUGAUGGAAAAGAUACUUUCAACUGGUUCCCAAUUCGAACUAUCAAGGAUGAGCUUGAGGACCUGUUGGCCAUCACAGGAGUAGAAAGCUUAAUGGCGAGCAGAAGGAAUCAGAGCUGAAAAGACCUGAUGCCUCGACUGUAACGGCAAAUCGGGUUUUUAGCCACCAAAGCGAUGGCUCGGAAUGGGUCCGGUGGCAGCUGGAUGACCCAACAGCUUUAGUCGCCAGGAUAAACCUAUCAGAGGAUGGGGCCAACAUUUCCAGUGACCUUAAUGCCAAAAAAAGGUCGAUGGGUGUUAUCACGGGCCAGCUUGCCAACCUUCCGCUGGCGUUUCGCGGACGAACCAGCUGGCUCAGUGCUCUACAAAUUCUUGCUCCCAUUUGCUAUAGAGUUGAUGGCUGGCAGGACCUACGGCUUACGGAUUAAAACCCCCAAGUAUCCUGAAGGUCGCCUAGUGUACAUUGAUCUGGGACUCGUAUGCUGUGACCGACCCCUGGCUUGCGCUUUAACUGGAGCCCCUCAUUAUAAGGGCGAUAGUUCUCCCUGCUUCCGGUGCUUGAUCAGCAAAAAGGAUCUCCUGGACAACUGUACCCAUCCAACUCGCUCGUAUGAGCUCCAAACAGCCUCUGUGAGGGGAAAGGUAGCCUCAUAUCUUGCCGGCUUGCGCCACCACGAUGAAAACUCAACCCAAAACGUCUUCCAUGUCGACCGUCGUUCCGGUGCCCGCACGAAUAUGGAGGUGAAUGGGACCAAGAGCCUUUGGAAAAAGACGUUCCCAAACGGGGAGCAUCUCUCUGUGCUUGAUCUCUUUCCCUGGUUCAACAGAGCUGUGCGCACCGUCGUCGACUCCAUGCACGCAGUUUUGGAAGGAGUUCUGAAGACGUACUGGUACAAGGUUUUGUGCCAAGGGAUGUACAGUGGUGGGGAAAAAGGCUCGGUGAAUGAGCUGGCCGAUGUGGUGACCGGAGAAUCCAAGGAUGAAAACAGAGAAGUGGAUCCAAAUAACGAGCCCGAAAAAUCGACCAAAAAAAGGAAAGAAAGGUCUCAAGAUGUAUCACCGAACCGCCAAAAAAAGCGUUCCCGAAAGGUUAAGUGGGCUUUCAAGAGCGGCAAACCAGUCUUGACUACCAAGGAAAUUGACUGGUUUAAAGCUCGGAUCCCGUUGGUAUACAAGCCUACUUCCCUUGAAAACCUUUCUAGCGGCUUUGGAACCAAAGGCAACGGUAAGGUGAAGGCGAGCCAGUGGAGAGUUUUUGGGGAGAUAUAUGGGCCUCUCAUUGUGCCUUUCUUUUUCGAGUUCAUAGAACCAUCUUUGGGGGGCAGGACUGCGGAGGAAGGACUGAGAGGAUUGCAAAUGUCUUGAGAGGAAUUGAGCUUGAGCGAACAGAUGUACUGCAUAUAUUCCCAAUACUUUUGUUCGCGUACGUACCUUCGUUCUCUCCCUUUCUUUUGUCAUCAUGCUGGCAUGAAUGUUUAGUUGAAAGGCUCUAUAUCCCGCGUUACCUUGAAGCUUCUUUCUGAACAAUUGGAUUUGGCCAAACAAGGGCCAGGCAAUUCCUGAGAGGAUUCCGAUAAAGAAACGAAAAAAAGAUUUAUAGAAUUAGAGGAAAAGCCAAUAUAAAACCAAGCAUGAGUGGUAUGCCGAGGUGGCAUACGAGCUAUUCCACGAAGAUGAGGGGCUCUCUUGGGUCUGGAGACAAGAUCCAAAGGUCCCAGAUUCCUACCGAAGCAAAUGAAAAUGGGAGAAAAAAAAAUAAGCUGGCUUCAAUGAGGAGCAAAGUCACCAGGAUGGACGGCAUUAUGGGUCCAACUGGUGCCGGCCUAGAUAAGGCCGAAGAUAUCCUGCCCUCCAACUCGGACAUGGUUGGAGCAUGGCAGAAGGUCCGUAAGCAGUGCCCAUGGUACUUCUUAUGGAAGUCUUUAAAACCAACAAAAAAUCCUGUCGAUGAGAGUGCCAUAAACGCCCUCUCACGACCAGAUACCACUUUACUUGACCGCAGUAAGUUACUGGAAGAUGUUGGAUGAGCGAGAAAAUGGGAGCCUGGGACACGGAGGAUUCGCAGAGAGGCCGUUUGUGGCGUGGAUGUUGCGUGGCUGAUUUUCACAUAUUCUAUCAGAUUCUAUAAUAGUUUCUUUCUUUUCUUU